GAAACGUUGUCUUUGAUGGGUACCCGUUCUGGGGCGCAGACAGGAUUGUGGAUGGAAACUCGGGUUUAUAAAAUGGGGAGAGCAUUCAUAUCAUUGACUUGGAGAAAGAUUUGCUCUCCCCUGUAUUUUCCUCCCUCUGACAGCUCUCUGCCUCUCCCCUUACCACAGACACCCUCCCACCCAGCCAGAGGCAGUCUCUCGGGUGAGGCCCCAGCCCAGGCUCGCUGACACUCGGUGCCUGCUGCAGAAAGAGGUGGGGCUGCCACAGCCACAGCUCCCUCCUGCCUUUCCCACUGACCUGAGUUCAAGCUGCUGCUGCUGCUGCUCUGCCAGCGGCUGAGGCUUCCCUGUGCAGUGUAAUCCCUGCACCCGCGGAGCAUCCAGCAGCUGCCGGGCACUUGCAGCCCUCUCAUGAAUUUCUCUCUUUUUCUCCAAGGGGCUGACUGUUGUGGUUUCAAGGCUACUGUUUUCCAUCCCACCACAGGAGCACUGUAUCCUAUUGGACAAUGGAAAUUGUAUGGAAAAAAAGGUGGUAUCUUCAGCUGGGCUGUAUAUUGAUGCUGAAUUUAGUUUACGCCAAUCUAGACUAUCAAAAAGAAACUCCUCCAAGCCUGGGUCAGAUUGACCAUGAGUGCUGGGAGGUCUCAUCCCAUGGGCUGGUGGAAAUGAAGAAACUCAAGGUAGCAGAUACAGUCAUUGGUCUCUGGGACUUCAUGAUGUUCCUAAAGGAAUCCCCUAAGCCCAAGCACAAUGAACUCUUCAAUGAGUUAGCCCAGAACUUCUGGGAUAUGUAUGUCGACUGUGUGCUCUCAAGAUCCCAUGGAAUGGGCAGAAGACAAUUAGCGUCUCCCAAAUACUCUUCCACAUACUCACAUAGAACUUUAGAAGGGUCUGCUUUCACCAACCCAUUUUAGUCAAAAUAAAGAUACCUCAGGAAGGCACAUCAAAAUGAAGGAGCACCAAAGCACGGCAUGUACUCGAGAUGCUUAGACAAGUCCACUGGCAUGGUUCAACCUUCUUUUUUUUUCCUUUUCUUUGUGUAAAGCAUUUAAUCACUGCUAAAUUGAUAAGUAUGUAAACUGCCACACUGUCACUUUUGCUUUCCUGUCUUGCAGUCUGUCAAGGUUGCGUUUAUCCCACUGCAUGUCUGAAUGCUUUUGUGUUUUGAGUUAAGACUUUUGUUGUCUCAGGUAAGCUUGUAAGUCUGAACAGUGUCGUAUGUUUGAAGAGGCUCAUCUUUUCCAGUAAUUAUCUUUUUUUAAAGUCAUUUUGGAUAGAAGCCCAAUAUAUUUUUAUACUUUAAGCAAUGGAGAAAAUGUCAACAAGCAUUUUAUACAGUGUCUUGCACAUAAAAUUAACUUCAAGAAUUGCAAAAAAGUGUGACAUCAAGCUAAAGGGAAGGAUUAUGCUUAUUGUAAUGUCCUGUGCAGUCUUAACUUUGUAAUUUAUCACUGCUUAAUCUAGGCUGUGGAUUAAUUAAAGUAUUUUUUUAUGCA